AUGCAGAAUAUUUUAUCAGAUUCAAUUGAAAACCCCUCACCUAUAAGCCUAAGUAGAGCCAUUGAUGACAUGACACCAAAACAUAUAAUCGAAGAGAAGAAAGAUGAUGAUGCUGAUGAGAAGGAAUCAUGGAUAGGGGAAAGUUAUGAGUAUGAUAGAACCCUACAUGCUGGAAAAACCUACUUUAAAUUCAUGAAACGUUUAGAUGUGUAUCUAGAGCAUUGUUUCAGAUACUCAUAUGGUGGGAAGCCACUUUUGGCAACAUCAGAAGCAAGAGAUCCUGGAAGAUGUUUGUUGUGUGGUCAAUUAAGGCACUAUGAAAUGCAGCUUAUUCCUUCAUUGUUAUAUUUUCUACAGGAAGCAUCAAAUAAUCACUUACUGGAAAAUUAG